AUAUUCACGCACAUCAAAUUAUAGAAACAUUAAUUAAUUAAUUAAUUAAUUAAUGGCAAAUAUGACUCCCCCUUCUCUCCUGAUCCUCAUCUUAGGGUUUGCCAUCACAACACAAUAUUGCUCGGCGGAUUACGUCCUCGUCUCCCCCCAGGCGCUCGACAGCGGCGACUCCCUAAACUACGGCCCCUACAGGUUCACAAUGCAGAGCGACUGCAACUUGGUUUUGUACGAGUCUGGAAAGGCCAUUUGGGCGAGCAACACCUACAGGAAAGAGUCCACAUGCUAUUGCAAGAUGCAGAGCGACGGCAACCUCGUUGUCUACGACCAGAACCGGAACGUGGUGUGGUACAGCGAUAGCUGGAUGGGCGACGGCGGCCAUUACGUGCUCGUUCUGCAGGAAGAUGGCAACGUGGUGGUCUACGGAACGGCGCGUUGGUCCAGUCAUACGUAUAGAGUUGCUGUU